UAGCUGGGGGGCGGAGGAGGGGGGCGGAAAAAAAAAAAUACUACAAACUCCAUUGAAAUCUCGCGCAGACGUCCGUUGUAAAGAAUAAAAAAAGUCACCCGAGGCAGAAGGAAUCAGCGCCACCGGUGAGUGACCCUUGAGACUACCCAGCUUUAGCGCAAUUAUGAACUUGGAGCGGGUGUCCAAUGAGGAGAAGCUGAACCUGUGUCGGAAAUACUACCUGGGUGGAUUUGCUUUCCUGCCUUUUCUCUGGUUGGUGAACAUCCUGUGGUUCUUCAGAGAGGCCUUCCUUGUCCCAGCCUACACAGAGCAGAGCCAAAUCAAAGGCUAUGUCUGGCGUUCUGCUGUGGGCUUCCUCUUCUGGGUGAUUGUGCUCACUACCUGGAUUACCAUCUUCCAGAUCUACCGGCCCCGCUGGGGUGCCGUUGGGGACUACCUCUCCUUCACCAUACCCCUAGGAACCCCCUGACAACUUCAGUACAGGCUGACAAUCUGUUCUUUCUCCCUCUAUGGGCUCCAAGCUCAUUCUCAAGCCCUAAAUGUGUCCAUCUCACAUCUUCUCCCUGACAUGCCAUAAUAAAGGACCCUAACUUUUGA